CACUCCUAAAAGUGUGUAAUCCUAAAACUCCUAAGCGUGCGAAGUAAAAAAGUAAACAAAAGACAAAAACACACAAAAAAAAACGGAGCUACAUGGAUUGCUGCCACUCUCGGCGGCGCAUGCGCAGAAAUCAACUUAUCGGACAUUUUCUAUUGGUAUGAACAAAUUUGUUUGUUUGUUCGUUCGUUUUGGGGUUUUUUUGGCCUCUGGCUUUUUCGGGUUUUAUCGUCUCCUGAUCACAUACUACAUAUCUUACGUCAUUUACAACCUCUGCAUGUUAGAAGCUACAGAAUGGACACCUCCAUGCUAAUAUGUGUAUAUGUGUAUCUAUAACUCCUUUAAAGGUAAGGAGUGCUGCUGUGUUUACUGUUCAUGCCAUGAGCAGCCAUUUUGAUUUGACGUCUCUUGCUGAACUCAGGGUUUAGAAGACUGUCCCGAGUUCCCAUCUCUCCUCGGUAAAGUAGUUAGAUUCUUCAGAUUCUUCUUUCUUGGCGUAUUAAACUAAUCCUCUUCUCUUGUUUGUUUGUUUGUUUGUUUAUUUCCCUUCAUCCUGUUUUCCUUAUUUUUAGUUCCAGCUUCUAUACACAGUGACGUCUUCUCUGCUUUUUUUUAUUAUUUUUUUUUAAUUGGUUGCACAUAUAUAUGUAUACACGCGCGUGCGCACACACACACACACACACACACACACACACAGUGUAUAUAUAGCAUAUCACACUGCAGUGGUGUGACACCCUUGCGGAGGAAGAAAAAAAAUCCGAUUUCAGUUAAGUGAAAUCCUUAUACAGGAGUGCGCUGAGAGAGUAGACAAGAUUUAUUUUAUUAUUUUGAAUAAAGUGCUGCUGUCAGCGUUAGUCAGCACAUUUGGGGGGAAGAAACAUCCUUUGUGUUUUCAGUUUCAGGCGUUUUUUUUUUUUUUCUCCUCUGAGUGCAUUUCACUUUUGUUUACAUAAAGCAGUGGUGAGAACACAGAACCCACAGCUCAUCAUCCGUCUUUCUGCUCUCACUCCGUUCAUCUCUCUCUCUCACCUCUCACUACUGCAGUGCUUGUUUCCUCCCUCCCGCUCUCUCUCUCUCCCUCCCUCCCUCCCUCCCUCUCUCUCUCUCUCUCUUUCUCUCUCUCUCUCCCUCCCUCUCUCUCUCACUCUCUCCCUCUCUCACACACGCUCUGCCUCUCUGUGUCUUGCUUUAACUAAAAUCGUAUCUCAGGAGCACAUCCUUAACUGGCAGACAAAUUACAAGCUCGGUACUCAACAGAAGACAUCCUGUCCUGUCUACUGCAUAUUCACUUUUUUUUUGUUCACUUGUUUUGCUUUAAUAUUAUUAUAUUUUUUUUCCUCUUAAAUUGAAGCUCAUGAUUGCAGGAAUAAGACACUGAAGAACUCUAAACUGCUGAAUGAGGAAUGUGUGGAAUGAGCGCACAUCGUUUACGGACAGUCAAACUGGAAACCGAGUUUUAGGAGCGCGUGUCGGCGGUGCGCGUGAUAUCGCGGAGCUUCGUGCCUAACGGCCACGAUGAGCCGAGCAAAGACGGAGACAGGUUCAUGUGUAACGAGAGAAUCCGUGUGAGAUUAGCGCUCCAGCCAUCUCCCUUCUUCUCAUUCAGAACCAAGAUCCAGAAGAAAACGUCCUCUUGGGCUUUUUCUUCAGCUUGAUUUUGUAGUAAAGUGUGUGUGAGAGAGAGAGAAGAAUUUUGGCUUGUUGUGAUCACACUGCGUGGCCUGGGUCAGGAUGCAGGUGUCGUUCGUGUGCACGGACCACCGCUCUAUGAGCCGCAGCACGGACGAGCGGAUGAACCGACAGAAUGCCAGCAGCCCGAGCGCCGGCACACGCAGCAAGUUCAAAGCCGUUGCCAUGGUGGCGCGCAGCCUCGGGCAACUGUCCGUCCAGAGCGUGCCGUCCUCCAGCGACCAGAGCAUGAGGACGGGCAUGAAGUAUAGAAACCUUGGGAAGUCUGGACUGAGGGUGUCGUGCCUUGGGUUAGGAACAUGGGUGACGUUUGGUGGUCAGAUCACAGACGAGACGGCCGAACAGCUGAUGACUCUGGCGUACGAGAACGGGAUCAAUCUGUUCGACACGGCUGAGGUCUACGCUGCAGGAAAGGCCGAGUUAGUGCUGGGCAACAUCAUAAAGAAGAAAGGAUGGAGACGCUCCAGUUUAGUGAUCACCACCAAAAUAUUCUGGGGUGGAAAGGCGGAGACUGAAAGAGGACUUUCCAGGAAGCAUAUAAUAGAAGGUUUAAAAGCUUCACUGGAGAGAUUGCAGUUAGAGUACGUGGACGUGGUGUUUGCUAACAGACCUGACCCCAACACGCCCAUGGAAGAGACGGUGCGAGCGAUGACCCACGUGAUCAAUCAGGGAAUGGCGAUGUACUGGGGCACGUCCCGCUGGAGUCCCAUGGAGAUAAUGGAAGCGUACUCUGUGGCGCGGCAGUUUAACCAGAUCCCCCCCAUCUGCGAGCAGGCGGAGUAUCACAUGUUCCAGAGAGAGAAGGUCGAAGUGCAGCUGCCCGAGCUUUUUCAUAAGAUUGGUGUAGGGGCAAUGACGUGGUCCCCGCUAGCCUGUGGGAUCAUCUCAGGGAAAUACGACAGCGGUGUUCCUCCGUACUCCCGCGCCUCUCUCAAGGGCUACCAGUGGUUGAAGGACAAGAUCUUGAGCGAGGAGGGCCGGCGUCAGCAGACGAAGCUGAAAGAGCUGCAGGCCAUCGCCGAGCGGCUGGGGUGCACGCUGCCACAGCUCGCCAUCGCGUGGUGCCUAAGGAAUGAAGGAGUCAGCUCUGUGCUCUUAGGAGCCUCCAACACGGAACAGCUCAUGGAGAAUAUAGGCGCAAUACAGGUCCUCCCGAAGUUGUCCUCUUCCAUCGUGCACGAGGUGGACAGCAUACUGGGGAACAAGCCCUACAGUAAAAAGGACUAUCGCUCGUAGUGUGCGCGUGUGUGCGUGCGUGCGUGUGUGUGUGUGUGAAGCCCAGGGGCCGCCCUGCACCGAGCCCCUUUGCCUGUUCCUCUGUUUGCUUGAGCUUUUACUGAAUGAGUAAGCAGCGCAUGAGACCGGCAGGUUACACCCCGACCCUGCAGGGGGAGCCGUGUAGACACAUACAGGGAACGAUGAAACAAAACAUCACAAAAAAUACACACGAGGUUUAAAAAAAAAAAAAAAAAAACAGAGAGUAAUAUUCACGGAGAAAAGGAAAGAGCCGGACCUACCUACCUGGGAGGAUCAUUACAAUUUAAUAGAAAGCUGACGUUAAUUUAAAAAACUAAAUAAAUAAAAAAUUACAAAAAAAAGAAGAAAGCGAAAAAAAUAGCACCCGCUUGCUUGGCUGUAGGAAAUAUUCCGUUUUCCUCUGCGCAUUGUUUUUGAUACUCCAAUGCAUAUUUGACCAAAAAUAAAUAUGUAAAAAUAAAUAAAUACUGCAGAGCUUACGUUUGGGUGAUCAGUUCAUGAUUCGUCGCACAUCUCCCAUGGUCACUCAUGAGGUCUGUCUCGCCGAAACCAUUCACUGUGUCGUCUGCGUCACGAUUGCACACGCCCCCUUCGCAGAUGAGCCAAUCAGCACUUUAAGAGUCCAUCUGAGGGAGUGGCUAUGGGAGGCACUGGUGUCUAAACAGAUAUACGAGCAUCAUUUUUUUGUUUUUUUUCUCUCCCCGAAAUACAACCGCAGCAGUAAUCCUAAUGUUAUGGAAUUAUUUCUCAAAUUUCUCUGGAGCUUUAGUGUUACUGCUGAUCUGGAAGAGCGUCGAGUGGCGUUCUGCGUCUCGCCUGCUCAGGAACGCGAUGCGCAUUGUGAAUAGGAGCGCAUGCUGUCUCUCACUUCUAGACGCUGGACGUUACCGUUUUAAGAUCCGGCGUCAUUUACAUGUGGCUGAAGCCAAAGAAUAUAUCCCAGCUCCGUCUACAACAUCUCGCUGUAAUCUCUCCUGUCUGAAGCGGUCAUUUAACAGCAUGUACUUCCUGUUAUUCCCUUACUCUAUAUCAUAUCAUGUAUAUCACAUAUCUCCUCUCGCGUAUGUACUCACUCUGGCCAGGAUACGUGGCGUAUUGAUAUAAACACGUUUAUACACUUACACUGUAUAUCUUAGGAAUGUCGUUAGAUCUUUUCUGCACCAUGUAACACCGAGUUCAGAUGAAAUUUGAAGGAAAACGACCAACAGAUAAUUCUUUCCGAAUUGUAAUGAAACUUCUCCCCGACUGCAUGAUGACCAUUUUCCCCGAAGCAUGCGCUCUCUUCAGCCAUUACACGAUUCGUGUGUGUGUGCGUGUGUUUGUGUAUAUAUACAUAGAUUUUUUUUACAUUGUUUGGUCGAUCGAUUUAUGUUUUUUUUUUGUUUGUUUUGUUUUUUUACCGAGACACACAUUUGCUUGCGUGACACUACGUUCGCACCUGCAGCGACAAAGUAUUUAUUUUCAACAAGUGUCCGUGACCGUCGGCGACUAGAUGUGGGUGUGUCCAGCAACAUGACAAACUUGAGAAAAGUUUACCUUUAUGUAAAUUUAUGCAAUUUUAUGCAAGUAUGCUCACAUUGCGACAACCAAUGUGAUUGAAGACAGUCAAGCGAACACGUGAUCCGCCCUGCUGCCUGCAGGUCCGAAUUGUCUCGUGGACUCAGACAGUCUGGCGCUUCCACUUUCGCAGCAGGUAAGAUGGCCGUGAUGGUAGAGCCCUCACACUUCUCCUUCGUUUCACAGGAUGUGAUGCAUUUACACACUGGUGAAUUUGAGAUAUAAACGCUCUCCCUCCAGAAUGUUUCAUUUUAGCGGCAAGAAAACUAAAACAUUUGUUGUGAAAGAGUGGAACGUGACUUUAUAGUACGGCGACUUGUGAUGCAUGAGGCUGUCUUAAAGGUGCAUGUUCUGGACACUCAGGCGGCAUGGCGGAUCUUCUAAGGUCUUCAAUCCCAUCUGUAGUCGCUGCACCAAAAUUGCAUAAAGUCAAACUUUUCUCGACUUUAUCAUGUCACUGGACACGCCCACAUCUAGUUAAGGACGAUCACAGACGCUCGUUGAAAACAAACGGCCUCUGGUUUCUUUGUUGCUGCGAAUCGCUGUAUGCGUGAAUGUACCUGCGGUCUCGCUUCACAAAGCUUUCACCAGAAACCCUGUCAGGAUUUAUUUUAAAUUGCUUUAUCACACGAUGGGAAAUGAACGUGUACGUCGCUCUUAGGAAACUGGAGCAGCUUUCUGUCAUUUCUAUAUCAUUUAUUGUGCUUAUUUUUUCUCGGUCAAGCCGGACUUAAAUCGGUAGACUUUAAAAAUCAGAUGAACGUUGAUAUUUGUUCGGAAGCAAGUAGUAUAAAUGUUAGAUUAGAUUAAGAUCGAGGUCAAAUCUUUUAGCUGUAGUUUAGUUUUAGACAGUUCGCGUCACUGUGCUCCAUACAGUAGACCCGGUUGUCCUGUUGUGUGUAGCGGCUGUGUGUGAAAUUAGGACGUUGUGGAAACCGAUUCUGAAUCGUUAAAAAAAAAAAAAGUUGUUGAUGUUAAGUGUCGUUUUUGUUUUUUACUUUGUGGAAACGUCAAACGUCUCGUUUCUUUGUGCGUUUUAUGGCGUCGCCCUGUUUCUGUGUUAGAGAUUUUCUCAGGAAAGAAGGGCAUUACUGUGUGUGUGUGUGUGCGCGCGCGCGCACGUGUCUGCGAUGGGCAAAUUAGUACAGCGUUCUUUAGUGCACUAGCGCCACACGUGGUCAUAAGUAAGUACUGCAUUUGAAAAGUAAAUAAGUAAAUAAAAACAAAUAAUCAAUCAGUGGUACUGGCUUGCUGUCGAACUCGUUCACUAGGGAAACGUGUCGUGCUUCUCAUCUCCCGAAGUAAAAACGAGACCCAGAACAGUGCUUUAAUGUUUCUACGUGAAACGCCUUUUUACAUUGUUUAUACCUGGAGUGGAAAUGCCGAGAGUGUGGCCGGAUGGACCGAGGAUGAGUGCUUAACCAUCAUCCGCUAUGUGCUGAGAAAUAAUUUUUUAUGUUCAUUAUUUGAAGGAUAAAGGCAAGGUUUAAAACGGGGUGAAAAAAGGGAUUUUAUUUUUUUAGCAUUCUUCGUCGCCCUGAUUUGAUGAUGAUGAGCAUCUAUUUGCACUGAAUAUGCAUUUUGAAGAACUCUGUAUAAUGUAUACAACGGCAAGCUUACAUUUCCACCCGCACGUGGAGAGAUACUGUAUGUCGAGACAGAGAUCUGUAUAUAGUUUGACCUUUGUACAUAUAUAUACAUAUAAAUGGUUGUGAUCA